CAGAGUCAAAUGACUUAUAAUUAUGGAAUUCAUCCCAAAUCGUCCGAACUGAAACCCAGUACUGAGUCCUGAUUCCGCAUCCCGCCGUCACCUAAUAUCCUUCUCACUGAUAGUUUCCCAGAGCUUCAAUCACCCACAACCGUAGCCAUGAGCACGGCUCCACAAGGAAGCCACUCCCUCGCUUUCAGGGUAAUGCGGCUUUGCAAGCCAUCUUCCACGUCGAACCUCCGUUCCGCGUCGACCCCGCCGAUCUCUUCGUCGGCGAAGGCUUCUUCGACGAUCCACUCGCCGCCGCCAACCUACCUCCACUCUUGUCUACCCAACUCAGUAAGUCGUUGGACUCCUCCGAUUUGACUUACGGGAAUCGAUUCCUCCUCUACCAUCCAUCUGAUGCUAUGGGCUUCUCUGGUCUCCUCCUCCUCCCUCAAUCAUUGGGUGUAGUGCGAUUUAUUUGGGGGAGACAUUCUGCAGCUAUAUUAGUAUCAAUAACAGCUCUAAUGUUGAAGUUAUGGACAUCAUUAUUAAGGUCAGUUUGUUUAAUUUGUUGAUUUUUUAUGGAUUUGCCGCAAUUUUUAGCUGAUUGCAACUGUUUAUCCGUUGCAUUUGAUAAUUGACACUUUAUUCCCCUCUUUAAUUGAGUUUGACUAAGCUUUUGUAUUACUAUUAUGGAAGUCGAAAAAGGGUUGGAUCAUGUGCUUCUACUUAAGCUUGUUUGAGUAUCGAAAAUAUUUUUUUCCUGUAAUUUUACUUAAUUUCAUGUAUGCUGAGAUUAAUGUCAAACCGGGGUUUACAUUUGAUGUUUAUACACACAUUGACACUCAAAAACAUUUGGUUUGGUUUGAUACAAAAUCUCAAGAAGCGAGGAGUCUUUGUUUUAUUGUAGGCUGAAAUUCAGACGGAGAGGCAGAGGAUCAUCCUAUUGGAUACAUCAAAAUCACCUGUUGAAUCCAUACGUGCAAACGGGCGUUAUGAUUUCAUUGUGGAACAUGAUGUCAAGGAACUUGGAGCUCAUACAUACGUAGUAGCUGAUUGAUUUUUCUGUCUCCUUUAAUUAAUUAUUUUCCCUCUAACUUGAUCUUUGUUUGUUGCGAGACAAAAUUUAGGCUGGUUUGCACUGCAUUGUACAUUGAUAAUGGAGAAGGAAAAUAUCUUCCACAGUUUUUCAAGUUCGUUGUUGCGAACCCUUUAUCAGUUAGGACAAAGGAAACUACCUAUUUAGAAGCUUGCAUAGAGAAUCAUACAAAAACAAAUCUUUAUAUGGACCAAGUUGUGUUUGAACCAGCUCCUCAUUGGAGUGCUACAGUACUAAAACUUGAUGAACUAUGAUGAACUCCAUCCUGCAGAUAGUUCAUCAACUGGUGGCAGGGAGAUAUUUAAGCCACCUAUUCUUAUCAGAUCUGGCGGGGGAAUUCACAAUUACCUUUAUCAAUUGAAAUUGGGUUCACCUGACUCUGCACAAAUGAAGGUAGAGGGGACCAAUAUUCUUGGUAAAUUUCAGAUAACACGGCGUACAAAUUUGGGUGAACCUGGCCGCUUGCAAACCCAGCAAAUUCUUGGAGCAGCAUUGCCACAAGUGGGAGCAUUCGGUUCCACUAAUUUCCAUCUGAACUUGAUUGCAACUAAACUCGGAAUCCAGAAAAUUAGUGGAAUUACAGUAUCCGACACUAGAGAGAAGAAGACUUUUGACCCGUUGCCAGAUGUGGUGAUCUUUGUGGAGUCUGAUUGGUAUAUACAAAAGUUGCUGAUUGUUAAGGUUGCUGAAGAGAAUCAUCUCUCAAAUGACUGAGCAAAACAUUCUUUGAUGUGUGUCAUUGACAUCAAUUAGAUUGAGCGACUAAGGAGCAACUACGGUCGCAUUGCUGUUUCAAAGGGCGGGUGGCUGGCUUCUCCCUCACAUAUGCCUGUUUCAAUCUCUUAGGAUCAAAUUCUGAGCUGCUCCACGUUUUUCCAUCGUCUUGUAUAAUUUAGAUACAAGCGAAGCUUUAUGAUGUACUUCGUUUAACUUGAAGUUUUAUGCCUGUUUGGGUUUUCAAAUGAUUAUUGCAAUAUAUUUCAAACAUUUACGAAUA